AUGGUCUAUGCAAUUGUUCUUAAAAAUGAAAACAUACAUAAUAUUGCACACAAAAAUGGUGAGAACGAAAACGAUAGUAACGUCGCAAAUAUCGAUAAAACAAUUGGUAAACAAGCAAAUAAGCUAACCGUUUUAAACACAAAGAUAAAUACAACGGAUAAAAAAGGGGAUAGUAAUACAAAGAAUGCGAAAAAAAACAAUUACUCAAUAUUAGAUUAUUUCGAUUUGAAGAGUCAAAAAAAACAAACAGUUGAUAAUGAUAAAAAAUUUAAUUUAUUCAAUAAUUUGGAUGAUGAUAAAAAUAAUUACCUAAAGAAAAAUUUUAAGGAUAAUUUCUUUAAUCCACAAAUCAAAGAAAGUAGUAAUUCGAAACACAGUGAUAUUUUAUUACAAUAUAUUGCAUAUAUAUAUGAAAAGAAAAAACGAGACCCCCAAAAUAUUAAGGAACAUAUAUUAAAAUUAUUGAUAUUAUUAAAAAAGAGAGACAUAUAUUUAAAAAAAUAUUGUAAAAAAGUGUAUCUUUCUGAAUUAAUAAAAAAAAAUAAUAAAAUAAAAAAUGGAAAGAAAAGUAAUAAUGCAUGUAAUGUACUAGAAGAUAUUAAUGAAAAAUUAUAUAUAAAUAAUAUAUAUAAUAAAAAAAUUAAAAAUGUGAAAUUUUAUUCAAAUAUAAUAAAUAAUACAAUAUAUGAAUAUAAAAUAACAUAUUGCAAAGAAAACGAGUUAAUCAGUUUUCAUUAUUAUGAUGGUUAUAAAAAAUCUUAUAAAAUUUCUAAUAAUACAUUUUUUUAUUUAACACCUAACGAUAAAAGCAUUUUUUAUGAUUGUUCUGAUAGUAAUAAUAGACAAAAUGAAGACAACACUUGUUUACCUUAUAGUCCUCCACAUAUUUACACAUUUCAAAAGAAUUUUGACAACAAAUUUAGGAUAGAAAUAAUUGAUACCCAAAAUAAAAGAAGCAAUAUAGAAUUUUUUAUUGAGCAUAAGCCCAUUCGUGUGUUUUGCAAUAAAGAUUAUUUAUUUUUUGUAAAUGUUAUAAACAACUUAAAAAAUAUAAAAUACUUUUCAUACUCAGUAGUCUAUACUAACGAAAACGCUAAUGAUGAUAAUAAUACAAAUAACAGCUGCAGUAGUAGCAAUGAUGAUUAUGAUGCUAAAACCAAUUUUCAAAAUAAUGUCAAUCGAAACUAUGGAAAAAAAAUAAGAAUUGUUUACACAUCACCAAUCCACCCAAUCUAUUCAAAUGUUAUUGUUAAUAAAAACAGUUAUAAAUUUUUUAAAAAAUGCAAAUAUUUUUAUGAAAAAGAAAAAAUUUUUAUGUGGACAGAUGAAUUAAUUAACUUUUCACCUGAACAAGACAGGUUAAAUAUAAUUCCAAAUAUGAACAUUAUACACAUUAAUUCAAAUACAAACUUAUGUAUUGCAUUUGAAGAAAUUACUGAGGCAUACUUUUUUUUUCAUAUUUUAUAUGAUAUAAAAAAAUAUAAUGAUAAAUAUUUAUAUAAUUAUUUUAAAAAGGAAAAAUUAAAUAAAUUUCUUAUUUUUCAACAUUUUUUAAGUAUAAAAAAAAAUAAAUUUUUUUGUCAAGGUCAAAAAUUAAAAAAUAUUAAUUUUAACACAGAGAUAUAUAAGCCACAAUUUGUUUUUAUCCCAGGAGGUAAUAAAAGUAUCCACAGUAAAAUUAAAUUGUGUUUGUAUGAUAAUAUUAAUAAUUUAUUGUUUCUUAUACCUAUAUAUCAUAAAUAUGCCAAGGAUAAAAUUAAAAUUAUAAAAAAUGUAUUAAAUUUUAGCACAAUAAAUAUGUCCCAAGAAUUUUCAACAUUUAAAUAUUAUCCAUAUAAUAUAUGUGCAUAUAUAAAUAACCAAAUUAAUACUACUAAUUUAAAAUGUCGAAAUAUUCCUAUGACUCUGGAAGAAAAUAUUAUUAAUGUCUCGACUUCUUCGAAAAGGCAUUCCUAUUUAAGAAACUUAUUAAAUACCAAAAUGAACAUGUUCAAAAAUAAAGAAAAUAUUAAAUAUGAAUAUAAUAGUUUUAUAAAAAAAAAUCAAUUAAAUAACCCUUACAUUCUUGAUAUAAACAAAUUAAACCAUUUCAUUAUUAUUCUAAAUACAAAUGGAAUUUUAUAUUUGCUUUCUGACGAUGUAUAUAUAUCUACUAUCCAUUUAUAUAAAGACUUAUCUAAUAAUUAUGCUACUUCCAACAUAAAUAAUAAUAGAGAUAUUCAAUCUUGUGAAGAUCCUAAUUUUCCUGACGAACAAGUAUAUAACUUACACAACUCAAACCUUUGCAAUAUAACAUUAGACACUGUAAAUUUUUCACAAAAUAAUAAAAUAUGUCUUAAUUCAUAUAGAGUCCAUAUUGAUAUAUUACCAAAAAAUCAAACAUUAAAAAUACUUUUAACUUUUUUUUAUUAUUACAUAUGCAAAAAAAUAAGUCUUGAAUUUUUUAUCAUAUGUCUUCAUGAAUGUAAAAAAAUGGAAAACGACACAAAUAUUUUUCGCUUUAUAAAUAUUGAUAUAUAUUUUUUUGAUGAUGAUAAAAAUUUAGAUAAUAUGGAUGAAUUUUCUCAUUAUAAAAAUAUUGUAGAAGAAGAUGAAAAUAUAAAAAUAGACGAAGAAAUAAAUAAUAUAAAAAAUAAAGAAAAAGAAUGUUCCUGGAAUAGCGAUAAAGAAAAUGACUUCUCAGAAUUAAGCAAAUGCAAAUUGAAUGAAAUUAACAGUAAUGACAAACAUGCGAAUUCCGUUGAUGUUAUUAAUGAUAAACUUAAUGAUUCAUCACAUACAUUAGAUCCAAAUAUGCAUAUAAAAAAUAAAAGUCUAAAUAACCAAAUCGAUAAGUUUAAAAUCUUAAAUAAUAAUUUUUUUGAUGUUGAAAAUAUGGGUCAUAUAGAGUUUUGCCGAUUUAUUUAUUUUUUUAUGUUAAUUUGUGUAAAGGAUAUUAAAACAUAUCGUAAAUUAGAAAAAUAUUUAUAUAUAAAAAAAAAAAAAUAUAUAAUAGAAACUGAAUAUAGCCAAAUUCACUUCAAUUGUUUUUCAUUUAGUUCGGAAGCAUAUACAGAUAUCGAUAAAAAGAACGACGGACAAAAUAAUAUUCACAAAAAUUGUUUCACUGAAAGUAGCUCAAAUAAUUUGGUAUUUCAAAAUUCGACUAAUAAUAAUUCUUGUAAUAAUUUCGAGAGAAUGACAAGCCGGUCUACGAGUACCGAUGAACAUGAUAACAGUUCAACUUGCGCAAGUUUCAAUGAUACACAUAAGCAAUAUACCCAAAAAAAUAAAGUUAAAACUACUUCGAAUAAUUUUGAAUCAUAUAAUUAUUAUAAUUUCAUAAAUAAUUUUAUAAAAUAUGUACACAUUAAGUAUAAACAUAUAUAUAAUAAUAAAUACUUAAUACUAACAUAUCUGCAUUUAUAUUUUGAUGAAAUAAAUUUAUCAGAAUAUAUAAAUCAAAAUAUCAAAGAUAAUAUUAUUUUAAUAAUUCUUAUUAUAGCAUAUACAUUAAAUUUAUAUAAUUUUAUGUUUCAUUAUUUCAACAAAUUCAGUGAUCUCAAAAAAAAAACAUUCAAUUCUUUUUAUAUACACAUUUGCAAAAAAUAUUACAACCAUGAAUUAAUAAAACGAUGUUAUUUUGUGGAGGAAAAAUCCAAAGGAACACCAUUUUGUGGAAUGGAAUAUAAAUGUUUGAUAAAAAAAAAAGAAAACAUUUCAAAUAAAUGGAAACUUGAUACACAACCAAAUAGUGAUCACAAUUAUCAUGAAGAAAUUUUAAAUAAUCAUAGUUCUAUUAAAAAUCUGAAUAAAGAAAAUAUAAAUACCAGUAAAGACACAAUAAAUUCAAAUGAACAUGAAGAAAAUUCAGAAUGUAAACCCCAAUACACACAAAAUAAUAGUAAUACAUUAAACAGGGAAAAUGAAUACAAAAUACAUGGCAAAUAUCAAUUUAUAAAUAAUUAUCUAAAAAAAGUAUAUCUAGAAUUAAGUGAAAUUCCUAACACCUUAAAUAUAAUAUAUAAAAUUGUUCCUAAUAAGGAAGGAGAUUAUAAAGAUAAUAUCAAAAAAUCUACAAUGGACUAUUUUUUUCUACAAAAUAUGGAAUAUCCUUCCAAGAAAUUAAAACUAAAAUAUGAAUAUUAUAUAAGAGAAAUAGAAAAAAUUUUUAACAUUAUAAUAAAGCAAAAAGGAGUUAAAAAUAGUGAAAAUGUUUAUAAAACAGGAAAUGGAAACAUAAAUAAUAUCAAAGAUUGUUUCAAAAAUUUUCAAUCAUUUAAAAAAUCAAUACUUUGUAAUGAACAAGUUAAAUUUUUAUACUAUUUUUAUCCUUUAUUUUUCCCAUUAAAAAAUUUAUUAAUUAUUUCUUAUAUGAAUUUAUUUUAUGGCCAGAGUUUUAAUCAAAGCAUAAUUAAUGAUAAUCUUUUAAGAAAUAUAAUUAAAAAUGAAUUAGACAUAUUGUACAUACCUCCUUUUAAUUUGGAUUUUAUGGACAAUAACAAAAAUUCGAUAAUAUCGACAAAAAAUUUGACUUUGAUUUCAAAAGAAUCAAAUUUUUCUUCUCAUGAUAAAUGUACACAUCAGAGGGAAACUAUUAAAAAAAAUAUAUAUAUUAAAAAUCUCAGAAAAGGAAACAAAGUUAAAAAAUAUUUUCAUUGUAAAGAAAUACCUAGUGAAAGAAAAAAAAUAUCCAUUAAAAAAAUGGCAAGUAAAGAAUUUCAAAAUAAUAAUAGUGAAAAUAAACACAAAAUAGAGGAAAAUGGUAUUAAAAACAAAGAUUCAAUGCGUUCCAUAUAUUCCGAAACACAUUCUGAAAAUAAAUAUAAUGAAGGGGAUCAAAAUCAAGAUAUAAAUUUUUAUAAAAAAAAAAUUAAUUUUUACACAUUUAAUAUAAAAUGUUUUGACUCUAUAAACAUAGUUAACAUAGAUAUUGUAAGUAUACCACUAAAAUGCAUAUAUUAUGAAAAUUUAUAUUUUUUGAAUAAAUACGUACAAAUUUUUUAUUCGCUUCUUUUUAACACGGAUUAUUUGUAUAAAACAAGAGGUACACCCGUCGAAAAAAGAAAAGUAUUAAAUAGUGAUCGAUAUAUAGACAAUAAAACAAUAUGUAUUGACUACAAAAGCGAUUCACAAUUUUUUAAAAAAGAAACAAAACAAACAACUGAAAUAGACCAUAGGAAUGGAAAUAGUCCCAAAAAUAUACAGACUCCUUUGGAAAAUAUAAAUUUAUCAUCGCCCAUGAGCAUACUUAAAUUUGCAGGGUGUUACGAAAUAUUUAAUUUUCAAAACGAACUGUUUUAUGUUAAUAUAAAAAGAGAAGACCUUUUCUUCAACAAAUGCUUUGAUUCACCAAAUAUGCAAUUAAAAACUAAUUUUUUUAAAAUUAUAGAUAUAUUAGAUAAUGGAAUUGAUAUUAAUAAUAAUAAUAUGUUUAUGCACUAUACUGAUGCUUAUAUUGAAAGAAAAAAGUUAUAUAUGAAGAAAAAAAGAAAUAGAGGAAAGAAAAAAAAGAAUAAGAAUGAUCAAAUAAGCGAACUAGAUGAUGAAGAAAAAAAAAAAAUAAACAAACAAAAAAAAACAGAAAACUCAUAUAAUAAUAACAAUAAUGAUGGUCGUGAUAAUGAACUAUGGAAUUAUAACAAAAAUCAAAAUGAAGAUGAUGAAAAAAGUAGUGUUUAUAAAAAAAAUAGAAUAAUACAAAAGAGCUAUUUGAGUGAAUAUAAAAUUUUAAAAGAUUGUUGCUUUUUUUUUGAUACAUUUAAAAUGGAUAGAAAUAUAUCUUCUUGUUAUUUUCCACAUAACAAAGAUCAUGUUUUAGUUUAUUUAAAUAAUUUUCAUAAUUAUUAUUUUUCUAAAUAUUAUAAAAAGAGAAAAGUACAUUUAUUAAAGAAUAGAGAUGGAAAAAUACAAAAUAGGCCAAUCAAUAAUUUCCUUGAAAAUGAUGGUUUAUCCAAUUCAUGGGGAGCUAAUCAAAUUAAAGAUGAUGAUAAUUAUUCCGAUACAAAAAAUGAAGAUUUAAUUGAUUUAGUAGACAUUGGAAAUAGUUCAGACAGUUUAGAAAGUGCAUAUUUACACAAACAUAAAUAUAAUAAAAAAAAUGUAAAUAAAUAUAUUAAACAAAUUAUUCAAUUAGUUGAAUUAAAUAAAUUAGAAAAAAAAAAAAUAUUAAUAGAUAUAAAAAAUGAUAAAAGUCUAGAUAAUACAUUAGGAUUAAUGCAUUUAUAUUAUACAUUAGAAAAAUUUUACAAAAUGAAAUAUAUAUGUAUGCUUAAUAUUAGUGGAAUCAAUUUUUUUAAUAUAAUAAAUUCAGUUCAUUAUAAACCUGAUAUUAAUUUUACUAUUAAAUAUAGUCUAUAUGUAUAUUUAUUUGAUUCGAAAAACCAUCAAAGUAUAUUAAGCAGUGUAUCUAUGAACCCAAAUGAAAAUUUUUCAAAUAAUAUUAUCUUAUCUAGAGGAUAUAAUAGAGAUAUAUCAGAAGAUAUUAAUAAUAAUCGAAGUAGUUAUAAUAGUAGAUAUAGUUUUAGAAACUCAUUUAAUGAAUCCAGUUAUUUAUCCAAUCGUCGUUUUUCACAGGAUCAAUUUAAUAAUUAUGUUAACUCGAUUGCUAGACGUGAUAGUAAUAUCGCAAUAAACCCCUUCAAUAAUAAUAUAGAUGCUGAUUUUCGAGGAUAUAGAACACAACGAGGAAAUCAUAAUAAUGAACACCCUCGAACUGAAAAUACUUAUAACUCUAUUUAUAUGUCAAGAAAUCCUGAUUUCCGAAAUAAUAACACGCAUAGAAAUUAUGAUGAAUAUGAUAUGAAUAAUAAUCAAAAUAGAAGAUUGUACAUAGAUACAUUUAAUGAGUCUUCAGAAGUUACUAUGCUAAAUAGAAGAAUAAGAGAAUUUAACAAUUAUUGGAAUUCGGAUAGUCCAAAUGUAGGAGAAAAUCAAACUCAAGGAAAUGAUGAUAAUUCUAGAAUAGACACAGGAAAUUCAUUUCCUAAUAAUCAAAUUAAUGAUCUUCGUGAUGAUGAAACUGAUACUUUACAUCCUAACAGACAAAAUCAAACCUUCAAUACAAUUCCAAAUGAUGUGAAUUCAAACGACGAAAAUGAAUUAAGUUAUAACCAAAAUAGAAAUUCAAUUCGUAUCUCAAACAGAAUCUCAAAUAGAGAUUCACCGAAUUUUAUGCAAAAUUUUAAUGCUAAUAAUAAUAUAAUCGAAUAUUAUAUAGAUGAAAACAUUGGAAGAAAUGAAAUACAAAGGGAAAGCAGAAAUAAUAAUAAUUUAAAUCGAAAUGAUAUGAACGAGUCAGAAUAUAACUCUCUAUAUAGCUACCCACAUCUUAGAAACAACUCAAUAAAUUUUACAAGAGACAUUGUAUCCUUUACAUUUAAUACACCUCAUAAUACACAACAUAGAUCUAACUUAGAAAGAAUAAAAUGUUCUUAUAAAAAAAGGAAUAAAAAAAGAAUUAAUAAAAUAAAAUUAAAAAUAAACAGUAUAUUAAAUUCGUUAAAUGUUCAUAUGAAAACCGAUAAAAUGGAAAAAACAUUUACUUUAAAUAAGUAUAUUAAAAAAUUAAAUACAUAUAAAACAAUUUUAAGAAAUUUUAAUACAAUUACAACAAAAAAAUUAAAAAAUAAAAUGGGAAUUUCAACGGGCUCAAGAAGUAGUUUUUUCAUAGAUAAUACUAUUACUACAUUAAACAACAAUAGUAAUAAUAAUCAUGAAAAUAUUAAUGAAAAUCAAAACUUUAGUGGCCAAAGAGAAGAUAUGGUAAAUGAUCAAACACAAAAUAAUGGCAAUAGGUUAGAGAAUAGUAGAUCUUCUUCAUCUGUUUCGUCUUAUUCAAAUAUAGAAAGUGAAAAUCAUUGCCCAAACAAUAGAAAUAAUCGUACAAAUAAUUAUAAUAUACCUUCUAGAAAUAUAAAUUUAGACGAAAAUGAUACAAACAUAAAUAAUGAACUGAAUUUUGGAAAUACAGCCUUUAACGGAAAUUAUUUAGGAAGAUAUAAAAUACAAAAUCAAACACUUUCUCCAAUUAAUAAUUCUCCAAUAUAUAAUAAUGAUAAUUCUUCAAAUGAUGAAUAUUAUUCCAGCAAUUUUUUAUACACACCUAACAAGCCAUUAAAUGAAUAUACAGAAAACGAUAAAAUCAAUGAUAUAUCUUUUUAUAAUGUUCAUAGAAGACCUAGUUUAAAUCUAUAUUAUAAUGGUAAUUCUAGAAUGCCAAAUAAUAUAUAUAGUAGAAGAAGUAGCUAUUAUAUAAAUAAUGAAAUAUAUGAGAGUUCUACAUCUAUUCAUCAAUAUGAUAGACGAAAUAGCUACCUCCUAAAUAAUGAAAUUAGGAGAGAUAGUAUAUUAGCAGAAUUAAAUAUGUAUAAUAGAGGAAAUAAUAAUGACGAUUCAUAUGAAAGUAUAAAUUAUGGAUAUCAACAUCGUUUAUCAGGAAAUAGUAUAUUAAGUAGAAGAAAUAUAUCAAUAUAUAAUGAUGAAGAUUUAAGAAGACAUCGAAAUAAUUUAAAUGAAACCAUAUCUAGUUAUACAGAUACUAUACCAGAUGAAAACGAUAACUAUAGAUAUUAUAAUAACAAUAUUAAUAAUAAUAUAUAUGGAAUUAAUAAUUUAAAAUACAAAUUAAAAAAAAAACUCGAUUAUUAUGAUUUUUCAUUUGAUAAAGAACAAUCUAUAAAAUAUAAUAAUUUUGUCAAUGGGAAAAUAAGAAAUGAAUUCAAAUUACAUUGUUCUAUUUGUCAAACUAUUUUAUAUAAAAAAUAUGAUGAAGUAGAUAAAAAGAGAAAUUUAGUUUUAUUAAAAAUAAUAAAUAAUGAAAAUUAUUUAUAUAAAUUUUUUAAUAAAAAUUAUAAAUAUUGUGGUGUGUAUUAUUUAGCUGGUUUAAUUUUUGGUUUAGGAUUAUUACAAUUUUUUCAAAAUGUUAAUGUUUCUUUAUUUUUACAAUAUAUAUUAAAAUUUAAAAAUAGAAGCUUAUAUAUUUGUUCUAUCUUGGGUUUAUCUCUUUCUUUAAUAUCAUCACGAAAUAUAGACCUCACAUUUGUUUGUAUUAAUUUUUUAUUCAAAGAAUUAUAUGGCACUCAAAAAAUUAAAUAUCAAAAUCUAUUGAUUCGUUGUUUGAAUACGAAUAUGUGUAAAAUAGAUGUCUAUGAAAAUUGUGAUGCCAAUAAAGCUACCUUUCAAAACAGAGGAAUCAAACAAAGAAAUCUCUACAAAUAUAAUGAAAUAGGCACAAAUAUUGAAGAAUUUAGAAAUAACAAUUACAAAAAUAUAUAUAUGAAUAAUUCAGAUUGUUUUAAUUUCUUAUAUGCAUAUGAUAAUGAAUUAUCUGAUCAAACAACAUCAACAGAUCAUAUUUCUACUGAUACUUCAAACAUGUCAAAAAAUUUAAAUAUAGAUAUUACAAACAAUUUAAAUGAGCAAAAUGAUUAUCAAAACCGUUUACAAAGUUUAGAACAGCAAAACUCUCGGCUUUCACAACAAAAUUAUAUUAAUAAUAAUUCUGAACAAAAUAAUACAGAUAUAAAUCAACAAAACAAUUCUAGUGUUAACAAAUGUGUCGAACCCAAUGAUCAAUAUAGGCAAGAUUCACAAAAUGGCAAAAAAUCUAAUUCCAUCCAAAAGUAUAUGAAAAACGAACUAAAUAUAUAUGAUGAUGAUGAUGAUGAUAAAGAACUAAAUGAAUUCGCUAAAAAAUAUGACAAUAUAGAUGAAAUAUAUUCUAUUCUUAAUGUUUCAAUGCAUGAAUCUGAUUUUUCUGAAAUGUCUCCAAAAAAGAAAAUUGGAGAAUCGGGGCAAGUAUACAUUGGAAAUGAUGAAAAAAAUUCAAAUAACAUAAAUAGCCAAAGUAAAAUCAUCGAUAAAAAUAUUGUUGAUUCAAAUGUACAAAAUAAUGGAAACAAUAGCAACAAUCGUCGAAUGGAACAUGAGUAUAAAUGGAAUUUACUUAAAAGAUAUGAAGAACUAGACAGAAUAAAAAAACAAAACAAAAAAAAACAAACACAUUUAGAUAAUCUUGUUUUUAGUAGUAAUAUAUUAUGUUUAGGUUAUUUACAUAUGAAUAGCAAUAAUGAAAGUUUAAUAAAAACUAUUUUUAAACUUUUACAAAAAAGAAAUUUAAAUAAAUUAAAUUUGUUAUGUAUAUUUUGGGCAAUUGGAUGUAUAAAUUUUAAAAAUGGUAAUAUAUUUAAUAAUUUAAUUAGUUCUUUAUUUUAUUUUAUAAAUGCAAAUAUACCAUUUAAUAUACAUAAAAAUAGCUUUAUAAAAAACUAUUCACUUAAAUAUUUAAACCUUGAUGGUAUAUCAUAUAACUUAAUGCAUAUGAUUAUAUCAUCAUCUAUUUCAGUCUCUUUAUGUUUUUACAAAACUAAUAAUAUUCAUGCAUUUAAUAUGAUUUUUAUGCCUAUCAAAUUUGAUCAUAUAUAUUAUUUUAAUAAUUAUGAAAUUAUGGUCAAAUCAUUUGCAAGAAAUAUGAUUAUCUUUGAUUUUGUUGAUUUAUCGCAUGCAUACAUUUUAGCAAAUAUUCCCAAAUUUUUAAGAAUACUUCCUAAUGAUUUAAAUAAAAAUAAAAAAAACCAAUUACCAUAUAUCCAUUUAAUUGAUGAAAAAGGAAAUUUUAAGGAUCCCGAUCUAGAAAAUAAAUAUCUCUUAAAAAAUGGGCACUUAAAUUUACAACACCUUUUUGUUUCCAAUCAGAUAAAUCACGCAAAAAAAUAUUUAAAUCAAGAUGGAUACUAUUUCACUUUUGAUCAAAAAAAAGGAAAUUUUAACUGUUUUAACAAUCGAAUAAAACAUGAUGACAAUAUUUCAAAUAUGUAUUAUUUUUUUCAUGGAUAUAACUAUAAUUUGUUCUCAGAUUAUACACACAAUAAUAUUGAUGUAAAAAUACAGAAUAGUGAAGAAAUUAAAAUUAAUAGAACUAGCAACGAUGUUAUCAAAAAUGAAACAAAAAAUUUUCAAAAAAAUGAUGAAAAAUUGCUAAAUAACCAUACUUUCAUUUAUAAUUGUGAAAUAUUACGAUAUUAUAUCAUCAUUGGGGUUUUGCAAGUACUUAGCUUGAAAUAUUUAUCAACACAUCAUGAUACACUCAAAAAAAUAUGCUUUGAUUAUAUUUAUUAUUUUGAAAAUAUUAAUAAAGAUAUAUAUUUAAAAAACAAAAUAAAAAAAUUAUAUAAAAAAAUUAAUUAUUUAGUACAAAAAAUUAAUCAUAAUAUUUGUAAUCAAAAAAAUCAAGACAAAAAAAAAAAAAAAAAAAAAAAACUCUCAUAUAAAUCUAAUCCCAAUACUUAUUCAAAAGGUCAACAAAAUAACCAUUUGGAAAAUGAUAAUGAAAAAUCGAUAUAUUCAGAUAAUUCAAUAUUAAAUUGCAACAGUAGCGAUAGUCAAUUUCCCACAAAAAAUAAAAAAGGAAACAAAAAUGACCAAAAUAUAGACAAAACCAUUUUUUAUUUUAAUCAGUAUAAUGAAGAAACAGAUCAAGCAAAUCACGAGGAAGAAAACCAAUCAAAUUACAAUAACAAGUUUGAAAUUGACAAUAAUUUUUAUAAUUUUAUUGCAGAUAUAAAUUUUAAUAAUUCAUUAUCAAGUAAUUAUUCAGAAUCACUCAAAAAAAGUAAAAAAAACAAAAAAUCGGGAAACAAUUCAAGCAGAGACGAAAACGAAUAUGACAAUAUGCGUUUCCAAUUAAAUAAUGGGGUUUAUCCUAAUGAUGAUAAUCCAGAAUUUGAUAAAUCUUGGUCAAAAAAUAAAAAUAAAAACAGUUACCGAAAUAUGAAAAAUAACAAAAACAAUACAUCAACUUAUUCACACAUAUAUAAAUUAAUACUAAAAUAUGUUAAGGAAAUUAAAAAAAUAAAAAAAUAUUUGGAAAAUUCUUAUGAAACAAUAAAUAUGCCCAAUACUAUAAUCAACAAAGAAACAUAUUUAAAAGAAUUUUUUAAAACUGAAGAAAUUAAAAAACAAAAAAAAAAAAUAAAUGGCGAUUAUAUUUGUACAAUAAAAGAAGACGAUGUAAAUGAUAUAAUCAAUUUAAUGUAUCAAUGCCUAUCUUUUACUUUUGUUGGAAGCUGUGAUAAAAUGUUAAAUAAAAAAAUUAAAAAAAAAAUUAAUAAUUUAAUAAAUAUUAGGGAUAAAAAUGCAUAUAAUUUAUACUAUUAUUAUUUAGGCUACAUAAAUUUAGGAUCUGGAAAAUAUAUUUUAAAAAAACAAACAAAUUUGUCAAUAUGCACAUUAACAUUAAUAUUAUUCACUUUUUUUCAUAUAUACGAUCUAUCUUCUCGUUUUAUAAUACACUUAAUUGAAUUUUUAUAUGUCUUAUUGAUGGAUAGAAGCUUUCUAAAAAUAUAUGAUAUAACAUCAAAUAAGUUUGUUAAUUUGCCUAUACAAUUGAUAUAUAAAGAAAAAGUUACUACUUAUACUCUCCAAAAAAAUCCAUUUAAAGAUAGUGAAAUAAAUAUAAUAUCUCAAAAAUCAAAACAACUCAUAUCUGAUACUUCUUCAAAUAAUGAAUACCUUUUGAAAAAAAAAUGUUAUUAUAAUUACAAUAAAAAAAUAAUAUCAUUCCCAAGCGCUAUACCUUUAUUGGAUAUAAUAAAUUUGUCGAUUAAAAAUUCUGAAUAUUACAGUUUAAGCUUUUCAUGCCAAACAAAAGAAAACAAAAAUGAAAAGGGAUUCUAUAUAAAUGAUGAGGAUAAAUCAAAUAAAUCGAAACGCCUCGAAAUUGACCAUUUAAGCAAUAUAUCGUAUAACCCUAGUUAUUUUGAAAGUUGUUCAAAAAAUAGAGAUAAAAAUAAUAACACGAUAAAAAAAAUAAUAAAAAGAGGAAUAUUAUUUGUUAAAAAAAAGGAAUGCACAAAUGAUUUUGUCGAUUAUAAUAAUAUAUCUACAUCGAGUAUGUUUGAAAAGUUUUCUACCAAUAUUGAAAAUGGUGAAACAAACGAAAUAAGUCAAAUUAAUGAAGAUUUAAAAACUGAUAACAAUAAAAAUAAUAAUAAUUGUACAAAAUCCAAAACUCUUGAAUUAUAUAAUGUUGCAGAUAGUGUACCUUCUUGUAAUUACACAACAUAUCAUCAAAAAUUUUAUCUAAAAUAUGAAAAUAAACAAAAUAUUCUUAGAAAUCAAAUUAUGAAAUAUGCAAAAAAACAAAUUUAUAUACUUAAAUUUUUAACAGAAAUAAUAAAAUAUUAUGAAAAAAUCCAAUUUAUAUAUUCUGAUGAAGCAUUAAUGCAACUUCAAUUAAAAAAUAGUUAUAUACACACAAAUGUGAAUGAAAUAUUAAUGUUAAAAUAUUAUGUAAAUGUUGAAGAUGAUCAAAAUAAAGAAUUAUAUCAUAAUAAGCAAUUGUUGGAACAAAAAUAUUCUAAACUUUUCUUACAUUUUAAUGACGAAUUUAAUAAAAUAAUUCAUAAAAUUGAUCAUAUUAAUAAUGAAGAUAAAUAUGGAAAAUAUCAAAAUUUUUUGAAAUAUAUAUAUCAAUAUAUUUAUAAUUAUUACAUUAACAGUUCAUCAAAAUUAAAAAAUAAUUCUUUGAAUGAACAAAACUAUGAUAACCAAAAAUCUAUCAAAUAUUAUGUUAAAAAGUUUAUGAAUUUAGAAAAUAUUCUCAAAAAAAAAAACGAAACAAAUGCACAAAUUACAAAUAUUUCUUAUUCUGCCACCCAAAAUACUAGCACACCUUUUUUUUCUAUAAUAAACAUAAAUAAUAUGUACAAAAAUAAACACUUCAAAAAUAAUAUAUAUACGAUAUACUACAAAAAUAAAGAAAAAAAUGAACAUAAUUUAAUAAACGAUAUAAACAAAUUGCUAGUAGAUUAUUCCAUUGUAAAAAUAAAAACCUUUACAAAAUAUAUAUUACCUAAAGAAGUUUAUAAUAAUAAUUUUUUUUUUUUUUUAAUCCAAAACUUACACAUAAACAAAUGUGUAAAUUAUUUACCUGUCUUGUCAGAAAUAUAUAACUCCUUUUACUUUUUCUAUGAAUUUUUUUAUAAAUAUUGGGAAUCAUUUUAUUUAGAACAUGAAAAUUUUGCUACUGAAUUUCGAAUACCCACAUUUACAAAUGAAAGACGUCAAAAAUAUAUCAACACAAAUAUUUGUGAAAAAUCUGAAAAUCCCAUAAUCUAUGACCUUGAAUUUUUUGACUAUUUUAACAAUUUUCAAAAAAAUAACAAAAAAAAAGAAAAAUAUAUUUACAUAGAUGAUAUGUAUAACAAUUGGGAUGGGGGAAAAUAUUUGUUAUACAAAUAUAACAACAAUCGCUACUGCUUACAAGGGAAUAAUAAAACUGAAAUAUUUAAAAAAAAUGAAAAUGCUUUAACACAAAGAAGCAUUUCACCAACACAUAAACCUAUUUAUAUGAAAGAAAUGAAAAAAGAAAAAAAAAAAAAUAUGAAAAAAUUUUUUUUUAAUAAAUUGGAUUAUAUACUUAGUUGUAAUAUUGAUUACUUAAAAAUUUUGGAAGUACUUUAUAAAAAUUGUAUUACUAAAACUAAUUUAAUUAAAUAUUUAUUAUUUUUAAAUAACGAUUAUUAUUUUACAUAUUUCUUUGAAAAUAAUAUCAAAUUGAUCAAAACUAUUUUUAUACAAUAUUAUCAAAAAGGAUAUAUAGAUAAACAUAUCAUUUUAAAUACACAAAAAAUAACUGUUAAUGUAUCGAAUAAUUUAAUAUAUUUAUAUACUACAUAUUGUAACUUCCCAACAUAUUAUCAAUUAUGGAACACUCUUAUUAAGAAUCAGGAAAAUCAUAUUUUCAUUCCCCAACAUAGAUAUUUAUAUAAUUACAAAUAUAACGAAUAUGUGCGUUCUAUUAUUUUUAAAGUAAAUAAAUUAAUACACACAUAUGGUCAAACUUACCAAACAAAUAAAAUUAUACAAAAAAUUCGAACAAACUAUAAAAAUACCCAAAUACGAAUGAGAAAUAAAAUCUAUAACCCCACAAAUUAUUACCAUUAUAAUUAUCAUUACAAAUAUCAACACAUAUACAACACCAAUAGACAUAAUAAAUAUUUCCAUAUUAAUAAAAAAAAUAAAUUAUCCUUGUUAUCCCUUUUUAUAAACAAAAAAACUUAUGAAGAAAAAAAAAAAAAAUUAAUAAUAUUAUUAGAUAAACAGUUUUAUAAAGCAGUUAUGUGUAAAUGUCAAAAUUAUUUAAAAGGAAAAACAAAAAAUAAAAAAAUUGACAAAAAAAAUGAGCUAUUACAUAAAACAAAAGGCAAUCCACAUCACUCUAUUUAUAUCCUUAAGCAAAUAGCACAUAUUAUACAAAAUAAUGGAAAAAGUAAAACUGGAGAACUAAAAAAAUUAUUACUAAAUUUACAGGCUAAUUAUUCACCAUUUGAUAUAUACAAUUUUUUCAAAAAAUGGUUAAACAAAAGUGAAAAUGUAUCAAAAAUGUUAAUUGACACAUAUCAUGUCUCCUUAUUUUCCACAUAUAUUAAUUUAUUUUUCGCCGAUAUUUUAUUUUGUUUUUUUAUUGGGAAUUUGUAA